AUGAAGUCUACUUACACUGUCUUGGUUUUGGCUGCUUUCCUCGUCCAAUGGGUUUCAGCUCAAUCGACAACGGCUUGUGCAGCGCAGAAUGUUUUGGAUACAUGUCUUAGCAAUGAAGAUAAUUACCUCAAAACUUGUAUCAAUGCAGACUACGCAUGUCUCUGUAAGUGGCACACAGCCAAGUUGUCAUGUUACGACAACUGCCCCAGUAGUUUGGGAAGACCAGCACAGCAAGGCUUAAAGGAUACGUACUGCUCCAUUGCUCAAACUUAUACAAAUACAACCUCUGCUGUUUCAUCCAUCGUAGCAGCAACUGCUACACCUGUUAGCAGUGCUUCUGCAAGCGCUGCUUUACCAAGCUCUUCUUCCUCCAAUCAGCCCACAUCGACUUCAGAUUCCCCAAUGAACUAUGGUAGCCAAGGGCUCACUAUGGUUGCAAGCAUGUGGUUUGCAGCCGUAGCCGCUUAUUAUCUCUUCAACUGA